AUGGAAUCUAUUCCGGCUUGGGAGCCAACUGAGUUUGGCCAUGACAUGCGAAAGCAUUUUUCGUUUAAGCCUGGAUGGCGAAACCUUAAUCAUGGCUCAUUUGGGACUGCACCUGUUGCUAUUCGCAACAAAGCGAAUGAGUUCCGAGAACAGUGCGAGAUGAGACCAUGCUCCUUUAUCAAAUAUGAAUUUAACGAUCUUCUUUACGAAUCCCGUGUGGCGCUCAGCAAUUUUCUGGAUAUUCCUAUCUCGACUAUCGUCCUCGUUCAGAAUGCGACCACGGGAAUCAACACUGUAUUCCGGAAUAUCUUAUUUGAUGAUCGGGAUGAGAUUCUUUAUUUGGACAUUAUAUACGGUGCAUGUGAAAAGACUGCAAAGUAUAUGUGCGAGACAAGCCAGGGCAAGGUUCGCAUGCGAGAAAUCGGAUUCUCCUACCCGGUUGAAGACUCAAAGAUCAUUUCUGGGUUUGAGGAAGCAAUCAAAAGCUCCAUAUCGGAGGGCUAUCGACCACGAAUUGCCAUUUUUGACACGAUUGCAUCCAAUCCUGGUCUAAGACUUCCAUUCGAGAAACUUACAGCACUUUGCCGAGAAAAAGGAGUAUUGAGUCUGAUCGAUGCUGCACAUGGAAUUGGGCAGAUUGACUUGAAUCUUCCAUCUCUUGAUCCAGACUUUCUUAUCAGUAAUUGUCACAAAUGGCUUUAUACCCCGCGUGGAUGUGCGUUGCUCUAUGUUCCUGAACGCAACCAGGCAAUGAUGCGAAGCACUUUACCAACAAGUCAUGGAUUUGUCCCUCAAGAAGAUCAUCAGCCAUCAAAAACAAAUAUCGAGUUUGUUUCUCAAUUUGAAUUCGUGGGCACUACCGAUAACCUGGCCUUUUUAACGGUGCCUGAAGCCAUCAGGUGGCGAGAAAGAGUUUGUGGAGGUGAAACCAACAUUCAGAACUACUGCUCUCAAUUGGCUCUCAGGGGUGGAUUGAAAGUUGCGAAUAUUCUGGGAACCCGAAUACUGGACAAUACGGCGCAGACGCUCACAAAAUGUUUCUUGGUCAAUAUUCUCCUCCCUGUAAAUAUUCCAACCUCUGGAAAAGGUAGCCUAAUCAAACAGGAAGGGACUUCUGGCACUUCAGUCACAGAUUGGACGCAGCAUAUCAUGAUUGACAAGUAUAAUACCUUCAUGCCAGUUUUCCCUUUCCAGGGCUCUUGGUGGGUUAGAUUGAGCGGGCAGAUAUAUCUCGAAGACAGUGACUUUGAAUGGGCAGGCUGGACAUUGAAGAGUAUAUGUGGACUAUUGGAAAAGCAGGAGUUUGUUUAG